AACGACUUGUUUGCACCCAGAGGAAGAAGCGUUGGUGUAAUCUGUAGCUGCAGCACCAAUUUUUUAAAACGGGUGUACCAUUUAUAUUAUAGCUGGUUUGUUCUCGCAACGCAGCUUUCAUAGCUCGCCAUGGCUCUGUGCGGGGGUGUCGGAGCCAUGGCUUUGCCCAGCGAGCUUAUCGUACAUAUAUUCUCCUUUCUGUCCGACCGAGACAAGCUCCGGGCCUCGGCGGUGUGCUCCCGCUGGAGGGAGUGUCUCUUCUACCCGGCGCUGUGGACCGAGCUCAAGCUGCGAAUAGGUGGUGGUUGUAACGGCGGCGGCUCCAGCUCAGAGGAGACCCCGAAGCUGGAGUUCCUCAUGCGUAAGUUCGGUUCAUUCGUGCGGGAGCUGCAACUGGAGCUUGCCCCGGUGGAGGGAUACCUUAGUCCCCUGAGCAACGACCCGUCAUCCCCCAGGAUGGACCAGCCAGACAACGACCCGCAGCUCUCCGAGCGAUGGAGGGACGCCAUGGCCACCUACUUGGACCAGGUGUUGUGUGUGUUCUCCAGCACCCGUAACAACAGAAACCUGCGGAAGCUGAGUCUGUAUGGAGACACCUGCGUUCUCCAGCAAGAAGGACUAUUGGACAGCUCCAACCUGCACCAAAUUCACCAGGGGGAUAAAAAGAUCAAUGAAAUCCAGCAGUCGUUCAUGGAGCUGCUGUCCAACUGCAGGCAGCUGAGGUGGUUGUCCUGUAGCUUCAUGCUGGGUCUGGUGACUCCCUGCUCCCUCGCCUGCCUGUCAAACCCUUCAGCUGAGACGCUGCGACACCUCAGCCUACUGGACCACCAGCUGGGUCCCCUCAUCUCACCCUCAGAGUUAAGUCGUCUGUCUAAUCUUCGUUCUCUGGCUCUGGAUUUCUCCGAUUUGACAUCCGAGCUCUGCGCUCUGCUGGCAUCUCCGCGCCGAAUUCCGCUGCACCGCCUCUCCCUGCUGCUCAACGGCGCCGCCCUGGAGUUCAAACCGCUGCAAGGGACCGCUACAGAGGAUGAUUGGAAAGCACUGAUUCGUUCGAGCAGCAACCUGCGAGUGUACCUCAUGGCCCUGGAGGUGGACAGCUCCGAGCUCCUCCGAGUCCUGAAGCCCAGCCUCCCUCUGGAGCGCCUCCACCUGGACAGUUACAGCACUCUGGUGACCGACGGCACGUUGGAGCUCAUCUCUCAGCAGUACAACAAAACACUGACGCACUUCCUGCUCCUGAGGGACGACCCCGACUUCCCUGACCUCAGCAUUAAUCGGAAUGAAGACCCCCUGGUCCUGUUGGCUUGGAGAUGUACUCAGCUGGCUGUACUGGUUUUACAUGGUUACACUGUCUGGUCCCAUAACCUGGUGGCCAUCUCUCGGCUGCGGGGCUCCAGCCUCCGCGUCCUCACCGUGUCCGAGGAGAGCAUCGACUUUGACCCGGACCAAUCCGUGUGCAUGGAGGGCGACCCGGUCCACAACCUGGUGAAGGAGGUCUCUCUGGGCCUCGGCCGCGUGUGGCACCCCUGCCUGGACUCCAGCCUGGUUUUGUCCGAACCCACCCAGCACUUCCACCGCGAGCUGCACGCGUUCAGCAUGGGCAUGUAGGCAGGUCCAACACAGCACAGCCUACACAGUGUCAAGACCAGGCCAGACCAAACACACCUCUGAACCAGUCCCCGAAGCAGCGAGACAUGUAAACUGGAUCUUAAAACAAUCAGUGAAAUGAUUGUUUUUAUUUGACUUUUUAUUCUUUGUGUUUUUCUUUCACUGGGCAUUUUAGCACCCCAUCAAGUCCUACCAUUUUCAAAACGAUUUCCUGUUUAGGUGCUUUGAUUAUCUAGCUAGCCAGCGACUUGGGGGAAACAGAUCAAUCUUUUGAUGUUUUAAAUAUUCUACAAUAUCCCUUUAAAACUGGUUAUUCUAAUAAAGUGUGAUAUUUAUUUAGUUUAAAGGCCUACCGAUCUCUGGCCCCUGACCAUAUACAAGACUUUAAUCAUCAACCCUUUUUUUUUGCAAACAUGGGUUACUGCACCUCAAAAUGCUCAAUCUGGUCUGGUCUUGAUCGACAAGUAUUCAGAGCUCAAUGUUUCUCCUUCACCGUAAAAACCUCCAGAGCCUCUGUGUGUUUUUCUUUUCUUUCUUUUUUUUGACUGUUUCUCAUAGCUCCUCGCUCUGUGUAUAAUCUUGUUUUUCCUGUGUGGUGGUUCCCUUGCCCAUAUAGGCUUUGUGUGUAUUUAAAUACAGAAAUAUUAUUGUCUUGCACACAGCUAGAAUAGGACAGGCAGGUUGAGUUAUGGGACGGUGGGAUUCAGAGGGGGGAGUGCUUUGGUUGUGAGCGUGUUUUUUUUUUCGUUUCCUUUUUCUUUUUAAACCCUUUACGAGACUGGAGCAGACUGACAUACCAAUGCAGAGAAAAAGUUAGAGUAUGUAAGCUAACCACUCAAUCACUUCCUGGAUAAGGCAUCCUGUAGCUGCUUCUUCUGUUGCUCUCUUGUCUACUAGAUUGAGCCGUGGCAGCAAAAUGGGAAUAUCCACUGCUAUACUAUGACCCUGAUGUAUUUAAAUGGUUUUAUCAAGGAUUUUGAGCCCCUUACCAAUGGUAUUAUGGAGAAUAUUGUUACAUACUUUUAGCCAAUACACUCCCCCAGUUGCCGACUUUUUGAGAAACCUUGCAAGUGAAUCAAAUGGGGAGCCUCGUCUUCCAACAGACAUUCAGAGCGCAACUCUAAUAGUCACCCACAACAAUACAAAGCCCCCUGCUUUGUUGGAUCUGUAAAAAGCUAGUGCAGUCUUUUAUCUUGUUCUACCUUUGCUCUCUUUUGGUCAAGACUUACUGACUGGUAUCACUGGUUCCAGAAUAUUCAAAUGUGAAGUACCAGUUUAAAGAGAAGAAAGGGAGAGUGCAUCAAAAUAUAAAUGGACUCUGAGAUUACAAAACCUGCAUAAUCCGGAGGGGAAAGUAGGUGUUCAUUUCAAUAGAUAAAUAUAUAUUUUAGGUAUCUCUGACUCCUUCCAAAGUCUGAAACCAUUAUUCUGAAGGCACAGCUUCCCUAACUACCAAACACAGGUUUUGCAAGUAUGCUAAGAGACUUUUAGGCAGAAACUAGCAGUGUGUUUUGCUUGUUUUGGUGUAAAACAUUUCAUGAUUUAAGAACAGCGGAAAGAUAAGGAUGCACUGAAUGUAACUUAACUCUGUUUGCCUGCUGUAAAGCUAUACUUACUAUAGAAAUUUGCUAUAUCGUGCCACAAUAGUCAUUGCUGCUGAAUAACGCAUUUGGAUAUCAUACGUUCCAAUGGCAGCCAGCAUUUGGAUAUUGUUGUUUCCAAUAGCAGCCAGAAUUUCGAUAUCCUAAAUUCCAAUGGCAGCCAGCAUUCUGAUAUCGUAGGAUCCAUGGCAGCCAGCAUUUGGAUACUGUUGGUUCCAAUGGCAGCCUAGAAUAUUUUUUGCAAGAAGCGGCACCUACAGCACAACAAGGUUUUGUUUUCAAAACCUUUUGGCGUUCUUCUGUGGCGAAACUUAUUUUCCGUCAGUCUCAGGUAGGCUUCAACAUCACUAUGACCAGGACCACAGCAGUGAUGAGUUGGGUGUGUGUGAAACAAUCAGUUAGCAUUAGAUACUGUCGUUAUUUUAAUUUUAAUCUCCUCUCGAGUCACAGUUGCCUUGGAAACAGCCCCCUUGUUUUCUGGAUACAGAUGUUAAUGUUAUUAAUGAUGAUUUUGCCAUCUUUUAAUCCAUCGCUCCACCUCGGUUGGCGGGGAUCAGCGAACCUUAUCAUACAUUUGUUUUCAAAGAUUAAGGUUGAUCAAGACUGGCAGUGUGCUCCUUGCACAUGUUUUAUGAUAACUCCAGUAGAGUGUGAGGGGAAAGGGAUUGACCUGCAGGGCCCGAAUAAUGUCUGAAACUGAAUGUAGUCUGUUUUCUGGGGUGGAAUAACUUUGGCCACAACUUUGAUGGAUUCAUAGUCGCCUGAAUCAUCUGAUACUAUCUGUUGGAUAAGAGUGAGAUGACUUUAUUCUAACAAACAAAAUAAAUGUUAUCCAGGCUCUUGAAGUGCAACCAUGCCAUGGUCAGCCCUCAAGCCGGGCUCGUCCGACCACAUAUCUUCCUUAUUGUACGACCAGUGGAUAACUGGGUUCAAUCUGGUUGUGAUUUGCUGAUGUACUUCAAUCUUAAUAGGGUAUUGCUUCAGUUUGGUCGGGCAGUAGAGCGCCCUACUUUCAGACACAAAUGCCGUCACCUAGCCAUCGCCUGCAAAGUUAGCCUCCCAGAAUGGCGUCAGCUUGCUUGUUUUGCACAUCACGGCACUUUAGAGGUCUGGGCAAUGGCAUCAGAGACUGUGAAGCUCCAUAUCCAGGUCUGUAGUUUACAAGGUUGAAGUGCGUUUUUUUCAUAGACUGAUAUGGAUCCUGAGUUAUACAGUGUGCCAGCACUUUGCUUGGUUCAGAAUGAAUUGGGUUGCAGUGGUGGUUGGUUACCAAAUGUUACGUCAUCGGUUAUCAAUGGUUUGGCAGUGAUAAUCUCUCUUUGGUCCAUAUCUCAGGAUAAAUGCACUCUGGUACCAAGAGUUCCUUUUUAAAGGCUGUAUAUAGAGCACUCAGAGGGGAGAGCAAUGCCAACAUAACACUUUCAAACCAAACAUGUUUUUAAUCCUUUUUCUCUUCCUCCCCUCCUUGGAUGUUUCCUCUCGUGUUGUUUUUUUAGAACUCUACAUUUAUCCUUUAUGUGAGAGAUUCAAGCUGUUCGUAUUGUGUAUAGGCAUCACCUGAGAUGAAGGGAAACGGUAGAAUGUAAUUUAAAACUAGACGGUGAAUUGAGCUGGUGAAAUGGACAUUUACAAACACCAACACCAGCCUCACCUUCUGUGUGUGCUUCCUCUUAUGGAUCCUUUAUGAAGUCCCCACAUGUUAUUGGCUCCAUAUUGAAGUCAGAUGCCACUAAAGCUGGGUUUUCUUUGGCCAGAAUUAUAACAAAGGUUCUGUGGUUUUAACAGAACGGAUAAAAUAUUUCCACUUGAAAUAGAUAUAACUCACUUCCGUACACUUUUGAGGGAAAAAAAGUCUUCCUACAAGCAGGCGCCAGUACAUAUUCUUUAUCAAAUGUUAACGUUUCGACAAUUUGUACAGUAGAAAUCUUCCUCAAUACUAGAAUUGCAGAGAUAAACACUUCGUAGACGAUGUGUGUGAGAGCAGAAGGUAUCGCGAAAAUAAAUAUAUAGCGUUUUAAAGGCUACCAUCAUCUAAAAAAUACCUUGGUCCCUGGUCCAUAUUUGUCAUCCCUCACAUCUCAACAUUGAGCAACGUGUUCCUGAAAGCUCCCUGAGUGUGAAUGCUUUUCAAACCUCUGCUCUCCCCAGCUUUGUGUCGUUUGUAGUCAUUGUUAGCUUAAGGGAUGCAGCAUUAGCUGCUACAAUAGCUAGGGAUUCAGAACAUGUUUCCGCACACGCAUGUCUUGGAGUGUACCUGUAUUUCUUGUGCUUUUCAUCUAACUUUCUAGUAGAAAAAUGUGUUUUCAGUAUGGGCAUGUGAGAGUGUUUAUGGGAGGGCCUGCUCACGUUCAGGAGUGUAGUCUUAUCACUACCUCGGCAGGAAACAGCAACAGAAAUCUAUCGUUCUCAGGGUACAAUCGACUUUCAAGAACAGUGGGAGGAGGAGGUGGGAAGGUCAGGGUAGCUCAGGCCUUUUUAAUCUCGCUUGUAUGAACGGUAGGAGUCACUGGAUCUGUUCUCCACACCUUGAUGUGUUUUUUUAAAGCUGCCAAAGACCAGAGUGGAACAAACAGACACAAGUCUAUCUGAAGUGCCCAUACACACGCUGGCAGGAGGCUGGUCCAGUAUUCUCCUUCUUUCUUCUUGCUCUCAGUGACUCCUCGUCUACUAACUACUACCAAUCUGUUGAUGGACUGUACUAUGCUGGACCGGGUCACAACAGUGUGAAAAGAAACCAAAGCGGACCUGGCCAAUGUUGCGCUGAUUCAACGAGUAUUUGCUAUCUUGGGAUUCUGAGUCUACACUGCAUAUAGCAAAGAGAGGCCUUUCAAAUCCAGUGCCGUACGUUUUUUUAGGCUUAUACUCUUCUCUUUGUUUUCACUGUGAGUGAAUGUAGGAGGACGAGGUCUAUCUCAGAACACUUCAGGGACUAAACACUCCCUUCCAUGCUUCCUGGAGCUACUUUCUGACCGAUUUCAUUGUAGCUUCACCAGGUGGGACACAGGCCAGCGUUCUGAUCUGAUAUGUUGCCUGUGUCCAAGGUCAUACUUGAUGGAAAAGUGUUUGGCAACCAGGCUUGCGGAGCUGUAACGUGAUUUGCUGCUAGAAAUCUGCCAGGGAACGGGACAUUCCAUGCGGGGGUCAGUUGGACUUUCAAACCGUUUACGUCUGCAUGAGACUAAGAGUCUCUAUAAAUACAUAUAUUAUAUAUUUUUUAUUUAGAGGUCUGUUUUUUGGAGGGUUUACAAGACGCAGAUGGUGUUGACUACACACCGAUUACCAGCUGGUCUGAGCAGAGUGGAGUUCUCUUACCGUGGUUCUAUCGUGCGUUUCUGCUGAAACCCUUUCUGGGUGUUUUUGUGUCUGGCACACAAAAGGUUACAAUCGUGUUAGCAACUUACCCCAACUAUGCUAAAUACAGUUUACAGACUGUUCUUCACAUUAAAUCAACCAUCUAGGGUAAAGAACAUCGCAAUACAGAAAGGGGAAGUUCUUCCGGAUACGUGACGGUGAAAGCACCUGGUGUCUGGGAAUUAUUUAUACACCAUGUGCAGACCGACGUUUGUGUAUGACCAUACUAUACUGUGUGUACACAAGAAGACUGAUAGAGCCUUAUUUUUAACGAGUUCUGCCAUUUUAAAAACGAUGGUUUGAAGGCUAUAAAUGAGAUGCCGGUUAUGCAGGAGAUCAUUACCAGCAGUUACUGUACAUCAACGCACCUGUUGACAUUUUUUUCCGUCUUUGAUAUGCAUUCGUACGUAAAUAUAGCCUGAUGGGAUGGCAGAGGAAACGGGGAUCUGGGUACAUCUGUCCGAGUGUUAGGUUGUACACUUACUCGCCAACGAAACGGACAGGAGUGUGUGUUAUUUUAGUACCAAAGCAACAGACUGUCAGGUCUGCAUCAGUCUAAACAGGCUCCGAGCCCGGGCAACACCCACCCGUUUCAUUUCCACUUUGCUCGCUGCUCAGACUCGAUGCCAACUUGAUUUUUUUUUAAUGUCAACUCUCGGGACAUUUGCAAUGUUUUGAAAAUAGCUGGAAAAGAGCUAGUUUAGACGCCUAAAGCGGUGACGUGUUUCUGUAAGGAUUAGGAGUCGGGGCCUCCUCGUCACAAUGUGAGAUUUCAGACGGGUAUUUCUUAUGUUUUUACCUAACACCAUAGACUACUACCAUUACAUGCAAGACUUUGAAUAGGCUCACACAGGGCUGGACUCAGGCAGGAAUGUGAGGAAACAUCCUGAUGUAUGUUUCUGUUACUUGGGAGGAAAAACACUGGAUGUGCAUUGCACUGGUAUAGAAUAACAGAUAUAGAUAUGUGUGUGUAAUAUCUCAGCGGAUGGGAGGUUCACAGAGCAGAAAGGCUUUACUUGCCACAUUUAUUUCUAGAGAAGAAACAACAAAAUGGCACUGAUAGCAUAACCCGGCCAAACUCCUGUCAGUCGCCGCGGCGCACACCCCCGGGGGUCAACAAACUGAUAGAUCUUCAUGCUCAGUGCCAGCCAACUAUCUUCGUUUAGAUCUCAGCUACUGUGGCUCUGAUGUUUUUGGCCUCUAAACAAAGUCUAUCUUGUCAAGUCUGGAGAGCCAAACCUCCCAAUUAGCCCGGCAGGCAGGCCAGCCGCACAACUAUGCAAGAGGAAUGCAUAUAAUCCACACUCUUCUAUUAUUUUGUUUGUUUUUCUUUCUUUUUCUCUCACUGUCACGCAGUACAAGUGAACUAUAAAGAACUUGCAAUGACAAUACUUGGCCUUAUGAUGAUUUCUGAAAUCUUUAUCAUUUUAAUUUUAAGAUCUUUAUUUUUUGUUGUUUGAUUCUGGUCAGCCAGCCCAGCAACAGCAGCGGUGACGGCGGGCUCACUCUUGGUCUCUGUGAGACCGGCUAGACGGCCCCAGUUUUAUCGUGGUACGAAUGUUGUGCAUUUGUUUAAAAUCAGGACAGUUUGCAAUAACAGCAGUCUUACUAGUGGCCACAAAGGGGCACGAGCAGUGCUGACAGCACCCGGCUGCGUCUUUAGAAAACCAUAGAGGAAGAAAUAUAAACUAUAUAAAUAUAUAUAUAUAUAUAAACUCACACAGUGCAUAUUUGUAUUAGGUAUCAGCAAUGCAUUACCGUGGUAUACUUAUGCAACACAUGUCCGGGUUCAAUUUAUGAACAUGAAGUAUAUUAUAGAAUUCACACAGACUUUGUAAAAUCAGAAGCUAUGUUGUUGUGUGUUUUAUGCGGGAAAAAAUGGUUUUACCAUCCUUAAUGUUGAAUAUUCUGAGCGUUAUGUUCCUGUGGGAUUGUGUUUGUUUGUUAAAGUGAGCACAUAGCAGUAUCUUCUUUCUGUAAGCAGGGAACCAGACGUAACCCGAAACACAGCUGGACCAGAUUUCAAACCACACGGAGCAUAUUUUAAAUAUCUUUUGUUUCUUAAAUUGCCUAAUCUGAUCUGUACGCGGUUUUACAAACACAAGCGUUAGUAGCGGCAUGGAUUAAGACCAGCAAAGAAAGGUUCCACUCCAAAAACUGUUUGUUCACAUAAGAGAAUGUUUAGUUGAGAACUUGGCUUGAUCUACGUCUGUGAAACCGCUCUUAAUUAAAUUUAGACUCAUAUAAAACCCAGAUUUGAAACCUUUCCAGCUGUUUUGUUUUUUUUUGUUUGUUUUAGUCUGCAGGGAAACAGUCCUCUCCAGCUGAGAGGACAGAUUUUAUCUUAGUGAACCGUGUUCAUUCAUGGUUGUGUUUUUGAGAAAAGGGAGGGGAUGUUACAAACCUCCAUGUAAAACCUCUGUACUGACAGCUGGGGUACAGUUGAGGGGUCAACCUGCCGAAUAUUGAUUUGAAUUACUGUUGAAUGAAUGCUUCUCUUCUUUUAGUCAAUGAAUAAAAGCAUUAAAAAGUU